UGGAAAUAUUGGUCAAGGAAUACAUCGGAGAAGUUGUAAACGCUCGCGGCGUCAGUUAUCAAACGUAUGCACGUGCCUUCAUCUGACUCAUAGGAACAAAUACAGGUUUGGUAGGUGAUAGUCAUGCAGGCUCACGAGCUGUUGAAACAGCUGAGGGUCCCAGAUAUGAACGAGGUGAGGGACUACCUCCGCACUUUCUCCACCAACACGCUCAUCGGCAUGGGCGCGUUCACGGCCAUCACAGCUUACUGGUACGCCACGAGACCCAAAGCCCUGAAACCACCCUGUGACCUCCAGAUGCAGUCACAGGAGCUGCCGGGUGGAGAGUUUGCUCGGCGGGCAACGAUAUUAAACGGAGGCCCGCUGUUGAGCUAUUUCUACGACGAUGCCAAGACGAUGUACGAGUUCUUCCUCCGUGGCCAGAGGAUAUCGAAUGAUGGCCCCUGCCUGGGAUCCAGAAAACCAAAGCAGCCCUAUGAAUGGCUUUCUUAUUCAACGGUGAUCGAGCGUGCAGAGCAUUUGGGAUCAGCAUUUCUUCAGAAAGGACACUCCAAAAACGGAAACCCUUACAUCGGCAUCUUCUCUCAGAACAGACCAGAGUGGACAAUUUCCGAGCUGGCCUGCUACACCUACUCUCUCAUCUCCGUUCCUCUAUAUGAUACAUUGGGCACAGAGGCGAUCGUUUACAUCAUUGACAAAACUUGUAUAAAUACGGUGGUAUGUGAUGUUCCCGAGAAAGCCAGGCUGCUGUUGGACAGCGUGUCCGGCCAUCAGCACUCGGUCAAAACUCUGAUUCUCAUCGAGGAUUUUGAUUCGGAGUUGGUGAGCCGAGCACAGCAGUGCGGCAUUGAAAUCAUCAGUCUGAGAGACGCAGAGAAUAUUGGCAAGGCUCAUCGACAGAAGCCUGCGCCUCCCAAGCCUGAUGAUUUAGCUAUAAUCUGUUUUACAAGUGGAACUACAGGAAACCCUAAAGGGGCGAUGCUAACCCACAAAAACAUUGUGUCCAAUACUUCUGCUUUCGUCAAGGUCACACAGAUUCACUGCCCGCUCGGGCCCGAUGAUGCCCACAUUUCAUACCUGCCCCUGGCUCACAUGUUUGAGAGAGUCGUAGAGGGUGUAGCCCUAAUGCACGGCGCUCGUAUUGGAUACUUUCAGGGUGACAUUAGGGCUUUAAUGGAUGACCUCCAAACCUUGAAGCCCACCAUUUUCCCAGUGGUUCCUCGUUUACUGAAUCGCAUGUUUGAUAGGAUCUAUGGGCAGGCCAACUCUCCUCUGAAACGACGCAUUCUGGAGUUUGCAUUCAGAAGGAAAGAGGCCGAAAUGAAGAGUGGACUUAUGAGAAGAGACAGUCUUUGGGAUAAGAUCAUCUUUAAGAAAGUCCAGGCCAGUGUUGGUGGUCACGUUAGAAUGAUGGUGACUGGAGCUGCACCUAUUUCACCCCAGGUCCUCACCUUCCUCCGAGCUGCGCUGGGUUGCCAGUUUUAUGAAGGUUAUGGACAGACUGAAUGCACUGCCGGCAGCACAACUACAAUGCCAGGGGACUGGACAGCAGGUCAUGUUGGUGCUCCUCUACCCUGUAAUGACAUAAAACUGGUGGAUGUGGCCGAGAUGAAUUAUUAUGCCAGUAAUGGCGAGGGAGAGGUAUGUGUAAGGGGUCCGAAUGUUUUUCUGGGAUAUUUGAAAGAUCCAGAAAAAACUAAAGAGACUCUUGAUGAAGACGGCUGGGUUCACACAGGAGACAUUGGCAGGUGGCAGGCGAAUGGCACUUUGAAGCUUGUGGACCGUAAGAAGCACAUUUUUAAACUGGCUCAGGGAGAAUAUAUCGCUCCGGAGAAGAUUGAGAAUAUUUAUAUCAGGAGUGAAGCCGUAGUCCAGGCAUUUGUACAUGGAGACAGUCUGCAGGCGUGUCUGGUUGCCAUCAUAGUUCCUGAUCCAGACUUUCUGCCCGGUUGGGCCAAGAAGAGAGGCGUAGAGGGCUCAUAUGAAGAAUUGUGCAGAAAUAAGGAUAUAAAGAAAGCUAUUCUGGAGGACAUUGUGAAAUUGGGUAAAGAAAGUGGCCUUAAGUCUUUUGAACAGGUGAAGGACAUCGCUAUUCACACAGAGAUGUUCACAGUUCAGAAUGGCCUCCUGACACCCACCCUUAAAGCAAAGCGUGCUGAACUCAGGAAUUAUUUCAGGAAACAGAUCGAUGAGCUUUACUCCACCAUUCAAAUGUAAUACCGAAUUAACAAAACUGGGUUUUUUGACUGAACUUUAGCUAAUAGAACUGAUACAAAACCGUCUCUCACAGACUUUGUAAGUUUAGUCUACACAUUGACUUUAUUUCUAAAUAAGAUGAUAUGAACUUAGUCACUUCAAGAGGUUCAUCCCUUGGGUUUAAUCUUUGACCGUUAAACAGAUGGAAUGUGCCAAGCCAAAACUCAACAACAUCAUGUUGUUAUUAUUAAGAUGGAUAAAGCUGAUAUUCAAUAAUUGGACAUUAUUGAUAGAAACAGUUAUGGUCUCAUUGUGUAUGUGUGCACAUUUUAUAUUAUCUCAGGGAAAAACAUGUGCCUUAUUUAUGGACAUCAACUGUUUUUGAGUUUUAUUCGUGAGAGAGGAAAACGGCAUACAUGCAACAUUUCACCCAUCAAAGCCAAAAACAUUACCUCUUGAUCAAUGUGAAUGGCAAAAUGCACACAAGUUUUAAUUUUCUCGUAGUUUGUCUUGGACAUUUCAUUAUGAGAAGCUAAUGAAAUUGUGUUUUUCUUUGUUAAAAACAGCAAUUGUUGAGUUCAAACACAGCCUAGUAAACCUGUCUUGAGCUAUGUGUGUAUUUAAUCAGUUGUUCAUGAAGUAUUUAUAUAAACAACCUUUACAGUUGCAUUUAAGUAAAAAGUGCUUAAUUUAUAACACCCUAUCAAUCAUUUGUCACAAAAGUGCAUAUUUAUGUAAAAGCUUUAAUGGAAGAGGAUUUUAUGUGUUUUUAAAUUUUAAAGUAUGCGUGUUAUUAUUUUGCUGCUUUUGUCAACGUCAAAAAAUACAGGUGCAUUUCAAACAUGUCCAUAUAUUUCACUUAUGGUUGCUGCUUCAUUCAUUCACUGUAAUGUUAUGUUUAUGAAAUGCAAAAGUUUUUAUUGAUGUCUGUUUCAUUUAAGCUUUGUCAUUUCUGUUAAGUAAUCUGAAGCCAAAUCAGUUUUUACAAAUAUGUGUGGCCUAAAAUGUUUGCUCACUGAGAUACAUAUCAAUGAAAAUACUCUAAUGCCUAAAUGUUGCAUGUCACAUUCAGAAAUGCGUAUUUUACAUCUAAAUGUAAAUGUUUCAUUUAAGAGAUGUAAAUGAUUGAUAUUAAAUACAACUUGAUUAAUGAA